AUGCAAAACCCAAAUAUUCUAUUUUCCAAGGCCUUUUUCGGUUUUGGAAUGAACCCAGAUAGACAACUUGAUUCUAGAAUUCCUUAUGUAGUUCCAAGCACGCAUCCUUGUAGAGGUAACGAGAAAUCAUGUCUUAUGAAGGCCAAAUUCCCCUCCAUCACUAUAUCUGCAGCCUUGGAUUUUUCGAAAAACAAUGACGCUUGGCGAUCUAGGAGAAUGAAAGCCGUGGCUGAUGAAAAUCCAGGUGAAUUAUCUGAUGAAGAUGACGAUCUCUGUCCUGUGGAUUGUGUUAGAGAAUUUAAAACUGACGAGGAAUUCUUUAGAAUCCUUGAGAAGGCCAAAGAAACUGAUUCUUUAGUGGUGGUAGAUUUUUAUCGUACUUCUUGUGGAAGCUGCAAGUACAUAGAGCAGGGGUUUCAAAAAUUGUGCAGGGGAUCUGGUGAUCAAGGGGCUGCAGUAACCUUCUUAAAGCAUAAUGUAAUUGAUGAGUAUGAUGAACAAUCUGAGGUUGCUGAACGACUUAGAAUCAAGACCGUUCCCCUCUUCCACUUCUAUAAAAAUGGAGUGCUGUUGGAAUCGUUCCCUACCAGGGACAAAGAGAGGAUUAUUGGAGCAAUUCUGAAAUACACAUCAUUCGCAGCUCAAGACACCUAA